AUGGCACAAGAGCAAUCCAAAACCUACACGCGGGAGGAAGUGGCCAAGAAUAACAGCGAUGACAGCCUAUGGUGCAUCAUCGACCACCAGGUAUACGACCUGACCGACUUCGUCGACGCACACCCAGGCGGCAAUGUCGUGCUGGAGCAGAUCGGUGGCACGGAUGCGACCGAGGCGUUCUACAACCUGCACCGACACGAGGUGCUGCAGAAGUACCGAUCACUAAAGAUCGGGACCGUGGCGGGUGAGAAGCCCGAGGUGAUUGACCCGCAGCCCGGCGACCUGAGUCAAGUGCCCUAUGCGGAGCCCCUCUGGCUGACGCCCGCGUACUCGUCGCCGUACUACAACGACAGCCACCGCAAGCUGCAGAAGGCGCUGCGCGAGUUCGUCGAUCGCGAUGUCUACCCCGAGGCCCAGGAGAAGGAGGCCGACGGCACCUAUAUCUCGCAGGAGCUGACGGAUAAGAUGGCCCAGAACAACACCCUGGCCAUGCGCUUGGGGCCAGGAAAGCAUUUGCAUGGCCGCGAGUUGUUGGGUGGUGUCAAGGGCGAAGAUUUCGAUUAUUUCCAUGAUAUGAUCACCGCGCAAGAGUUGUCGAGGGCCGUCGCGAGAGGGUUUCAGGACGGGAAUAUGUCCGGCAUGAUGAUUUCCUUGACCGCCGUUAGGCAAUGGUUGAAUGACGCCGAGUUAAGGGAUAAGGUCACGGAGGAGUGUCUUUCGGGAAAGAAGUUCAUGUGUCUGGCUAUCACAGAGGCUUUUGCUGGUUCUGAUGUCGCGGGUAUCAGGACCACGGCGACAAAGACUCCUGAUGGGAAGCAUUAUAUCAUCAAUGGAACCAAGAAAUGGAUCACCAAUGGCAUGUUCGCCGACUAUUUCGUGACAGGUUGCAAGACCGAGAAAGGUUUCUCGGUGAUUCUCGUCCCUCGAGACGACAACAUCGAAACCAAACGCAUCAAGACAGCCUACUCGACCGCGGCAGCCACCACGUUCAUCCAGUACAACAACGUCAAGGUACCGGUGAACCACCUGCUAGGCAAAGAACACAACGGGUUCAUCGUCAUCAUGAGCAACUUCAACCACGAACGGUGGGCAAUGGCGUGCGCGGUGAUCCGGUGGAUGCGCACCGUCGUGGAAGAAUGCCUAAAAUGGACGAACCAACGCAUCGUGUUCGGGAAACCACUGAUCUCACAGCCCGUAAUCCGUCAAAAGCUGGCCAAGAUGAUCUCCCUCACCGAGGCGUGUCAGUCGUGGCUCGAGACCAUCACCUAUCAGAUGAACAACAUGGACUACCCGACUCAAUCCAAAUUACUCGGCGGGCCGAUCGGCCUGCUCAAGUCCUACGCGACGAGAUGCGCGCACGACGUGGCUGAUGACGCAGUCAACAUCUUCGGCGGCCGAGGCAUUACUCAGUCUGGAAUGGGCAGAGUCGUCGAGCAGUUCCACCGCACGUACAAAUUCGAUGCCAUCCUGGGUGGCACCGAGGAAAUCCUGGCGGAUCUGGGAGUUCGGCAGGCCAUGAAGUUUAUGCCCAAGGCGAUGCUUUGA